CUUCACGCUUCUCCUCCCCUCCUUGAUCGUGUGAUUUCGUUUCUGGGGAAGGCUCAAGGCCCACCAUCACCGUCGUCUUCUCCCGUCACCGUUCUUGCGUUGCGACGACAUACACACGCACACUCACACACUCACACACGCGCACACACUCCGACCAUGCCGGGUGAGAUGGCCUCAGACCCCUCCGCAUCCGAUCAUGUCAAAUCGGGACCACAUGUUUAUUUCCACGUCGAGUUUGGCAUUUCCUAUUCCCCGAGGCGGCAUGGCAAGAAGCACGCAGUCACCUACAAGAGCCGCAAUUGGCGCGACCAGGACAGAAACGACACCCGUCGGGUCCUCGUGCCCUCGACGCAUCAUCUUCCCAGCGCCGAACCCCGGCGAGACGGCCAAGUACGGCGACUACAAGCACCAGGGACCGAGACGCUCUUCGUACCGCAGGCGCAACUGCACUCCCUGGCAUACCCAAUACCACACCCACAAGCGCACUCACGGCCUCGACCUCCACUUCAACCUCACAUGCAACCUCCAUCGCAGUCUCUCCCUCAUCAUCACCCUCUCCCUCACCCUCACCCUCACCCUCACCCUCACCCUCUCCCUCACCCUCUCCCUCACUACCCCCGAAUGCCGACCUCCCAAGUAAGAGCCCGGGCGCCGAUGCAACCCUCGGCUUGGUUUGCCGCCCCUCUUCAGUCUGGACGACCCGUACGACCCGAAACCCGCUCCGCACCCACAUCGCCAGCCCUUGGCCCGUCCCACGUCACUCCGUGGGACGCCGAGCCGGAACCCCUGGGCUGCUCCGCCCUCCCCGGAGGGUCGCGGGUCGACAGGGACGUCUUCCCCGCCGAACCCACCGUCCUCCCAGCAGCAGCAGCAGCAGCAGCAGCAGCAGCAACAACAACAGUAACAGCAACAGCAUCCGACGACGACGACGAAAACGCGGGAGGGGACAGCGACGCAGGAACCAGGACAGAGCUGGAGGCCCUCUCGACGGCGAUGAUGACGGUGGACAACGGGUUCGAGAACCAGUGGUGGUACCAGGGCGAACGGGAGGUGCUCCCGCGCGCGCCGAACGCGAACACGGGGCGGCGGUCGCUGGACGCGGUGAUGCCGUCGGCCGUAGCGGCGGCCAUGAGCGGGUUUACGCCCAUGCCGACGACGACGACGCCCGUCCGGCGACCGACUGCGAGGUCUGUGGGCUGGGCCGUCGCGCAGCAGGAAGAGGAGGAGGAGGUGGAGGAGGCGGAGGGGGCGGGACGGGGCUUUGCGAACUUUCAGGGCGAUGCCGACGCGGUGAUAUCGCCGCUUAGCGAGGUCGCGAGCCCGCAGCGGGGUCCUGCGCGGAUACAGAGACGGUUGACUACGCGGUCGGACGAACUGUUCUUCUCCCCGUGACACGGGCCCCCCUUUUUUUAACAACAAAAAAAAAGGAGAGGAAACGAAAGGAAAGGAAAGGAAUGGAAUUGGGAGGACUUUGAGCGUUGAAAUUCUACGGACAUUGUCUCUUGCAUCUUUUUAUGGGUUGGGCGCA